AUGUUUUUAAAACCCGUGGCGUUGCUCUUGGUGAUAUGCGAGUCAUUGGCUGAUAUUCCCCCGCUGUAUCGAUCGCGACCAUAUGACCUUGGCGCGUUUGACCGAUGGCCUCACCAGCUGUACCACUCAUCCAAUGCUAUUGGACCUAUCCUGAACAUUCACGACAAAAGUUCCCUGUGUUACAAUGAGAGCAUUUACACCGUCGUGCCCUACUGGGGAAAGCAGGUGAACAUCCCAGGAGUGAUGCUCCUUGAUACAAAAGGGUAUCUCGUUUGGCACACGACUGGGUAUGUCACCGCAGACAUACAGUCCUUCCAAGGAGAGGACUAUGUUGUCUCGCUUUCUGAAGACUCAACCUAUUAUGCGUUGAUAAACUCCCGCUAUGAGGAAGCUUAUCAGAUCCGUUCAGGCAAUGGGUGGCAGCUUGAUGCGCACGAGUUAACCCUGACUCCUUCAGGGACGGCACUUCUAGUUAUCAAUGGUGUCUUUCCGGUGAACCAAACGGCAUUCGAGGCACCACCGGAAGUUGAAUUCAUUUUCGAUGCAGGGUUCCAGGAGAUCGAAGUCCAGACAGGAGAAGUUCUAUUUGAGUGGCGAGCUUCGGACCAUUAUAGAUUUGAAGAGUACUAUCAUUUCCAGCCGGGCGAUGGCAAAACCGAAAAGACCGCGCCGGAUCUGUUCCAUGUCAACAGCAUCGAGAAAGACGAUCUCGGCAAUUACCUCAUUUCCUGUCGAAUGAUGAGCUCCGUUGUCUAUGUAGAUGGUCAAACAGGCGCCGUGAUCUGGAAGCUAGGAGGGAAAGCAAAUAUGUUCAAAGACCUAUCCGGUGGCGCAGCGACAGACUUCAACGGUCAGCACCAUGCCCGGUUCCACGAAAAUGGUCGGAUUGUUUCAAUUUUCGACAACGGGAACUGCCCUGGCCGUCCCGUGACAGGUUCAACCCGGGGUUUGACGGUGGUCCUGGACACAGAGAAGAUGACUGUGCAGUUGCAGCAUGAAUACAUCAGCCCGAACAGUGUCCUCACCGAGAACAGUGGGUCAAUGCAGAUCUUGGAUAGCGGCAAUGUCAUCCUAGGCUUUGGACCCAACGCAAACUGGGCUGAAUAUGCCUCGAACGGAUCUUUGCUCUGCAAUGUCCAUAUAGGCCCCGAAACAUUCUUUAACAGCGGAGAAAUCCGUACUUAUCGGAUCUCGAAGAGCCCCUGGAUCGGUCAUCCUCAGACCGUGCCUGAGAUUGCCGUGGAUGAUGGACGAGUGUAUGUGAGUUGGAAUGGAGCCACGGAAGUGGCUACGUGGUCUUUGGAUGGAACCGAUAUUGAGGGUGGUGGGGGAGCAUCCACUUUCUUGGGGAAAUUUCCUAAAGACGGCUUUGAGACUGAGAUAUCUGUUCCUACCAACCGGACUGGCCGGUAUUUCUUUGUCAGUGCUCUGAAUAGAGCCGGUCAGGUUCUCGGGUCAACCUCUACAGUGCAUUGGCCUCGGCCUAGACAAGGCAUUGUAUACCAGGGUCCUUGA